CAUUUACAGUGUCUAAAACAACGCAAAGGAGAGCUGUCUCCUCUGGAGUGCUUAGAUUGGAAACCAAACCCUGGAUUUUAAUAUUUUGGCUCUACAUUUACAUCUUCGGGUCCAAUUUGAAGAUAUUUCACAUUAAAACAGGAAUAAAACUCACAUUAUUUGAAAGAUGUUUCCCUGGUCAGUAGUGUUUUCCCUGGAGCCGAAGGUUCCCGGCCAGCGCACUCCAGAGGAGCUGGUGACCAACACUUUGAUGCUGGAGCUGGGUGCCAUGGUGAAACGGACCGAGCGAAUCCGGCUGGAGAAGGCAGCAGAGACUCGCAGACGCCGCAACUCUUCCUCUGCAGACUACAGCUGGCUGGCCGGCCCUCAGCCACACGUCCCCUACGAGCUCACGCCAGGAGACGUGCUGGAACUGCAGGACCUCUGUGCACAGAUCCCACCUCAACAGUGCGGCCCGGUCAUUGUCAGGUUCAGGAAGCUAGUGUCAGAGUUUGAGGCGGAGGUGCACGACAUCCCCAAACUGUUCCGGGGCGUCCUAAGAAACUGCCUGGAUGAGCUUCAGGGAGACGCAGAGCUCGAGAAUCGGGUGAACCGUUGGGAAAAACAGCGCAGUAAGAGCCUCCCCUUCGUCACGUUUCGAUCCAAGUUCCGCACCCUGAACCGCGGGAAGGGAAGCUUCGGUGGUUCCCGCAACUACCUGCAAGAGGAAAACACGUGGUCUGAUGAAGACGAGGAAGCAGCCGAACAGGUGACAACCGCCAUGCGCACCAGGAAGGGACGGAGCCUCAGCAUGCCAGAGAUCACUCCUCUUGAGCAGUGCACAAGUCCUCAGAGCUGAACAAGAGGUAGAGAUGAAGAGAAAGACGGAGGAAAGAAGGAUUCGAAAAGCUUGAAGGAAAUGUAGCCUUCGAGGCAAGUUGGCAAUGGAGGAGGAAGAAAAGAGGCGGCGGCAAAGAACAAGAGAA